AUGUCCCUCCCCCGCCAAGACUCCUUCUUCAAAAUCGCCAUCCCAGACUGCGGACCCCAGGGCGUUCCUCCCUCCCCCGAUGGCCAUGUAUACGACAUCAAAGAACUCGCGCAGCCGAUCGAAACCACAACCUUCACUGUCGAUGCCACCUCGGACAUCGCCAAGACCUGGCUGGCGUGGUUGAAGAACCUGGGCGAUGAGAACGCGGCGUGGGUGCGGGAGUUGGCGAUUACCGUGCGAGGUGGUGUGGAGGUGAGGGUGAGGAUCUCGCCGCCGUUGAUCAGGCGCGAAGUGAGCAGGGCGAAAGUUGAAGUCAGUGGCGAUGUCCAGAAUCAGGAGAGACUGCACGGGGAUCUUGUGAAGUGGCUCAACAGGGCGGUCGAGGAUGUGAGGGAGAAGCGGCUGCUGUUGCAUGGUGGAGGGGAGUUUUCGAGGAAGGAGAUUCAUAAGAUUGCGAAGGUGGCGUUUCGGGUGCCGGCGGUUUGUCAUGAGUUGACAAUGCGAUAUGAGCGGGGAGAGGGGCUUGGGAGUGGUGGGGAGGGUGAGAAGAAUGAGGAGUCGGCGAUUGAGGAUUCGGAUGAGGAGAUGGAUUUGGGUGGGCUUAUUAGCGCUUGUGGUGGUGGUGGGCAGAAGGAGAAGGUUGAGAAGAAGAAGAAGAAGCCUAAGAGUUUGGCUCAGGUCAAAAAGGAGGCGUUCAUCAACGACGAUUUGGCCUUCCGAGAACACGCCAGGUCCUGCUCUACCUGCGAGUGCAAAUGGGUCGAUUCCCUCGACGGCGUCUCAGAGGUCUACGCCCACAGAGUCGCCAGGAGCGGCGGCAGGAUGAACCUCGUCUUCGCAAAAUGCGGCACAACCAUCGACGUGUCUUGCACCACCAUCGCCAAAGCCACCACCACGGCCGCCAAAGAGACCCUCCCCUCCAACACACGCCCGCAAUGA